CUUGACUGGCCACAUUUACCUACAUACCCUUGGGCUUCUUUUGAUAUUCUGGACCAGCUUCUCUGGUCCUCCGUGCAGGAAUCCCUUUUUUCUCAGCGGCUGUUCAGCCUUUACCGUCGGAGGUGCCGCCAACCCACAGGCCUCUUUGUUCCCUCUCUUCACUCUUUCUCCUUACUCGUGAACCUUCAGCAAAGGGAACUAUUCGUUUACGCUCAGAGAUUGGACCUGUCAUAAUUUCCCUCCCCCGUCUGAGUCAUCCAAUAAGGUGGCGUUUUGAAGGCAUCAGCAGAAAGAGUCCUAUCUACCUAGACUUAGUGCUAAUCUGCCUGCCUUGCCUUGCCUUGCCUUGCAUCCUACUUAAACCCCUGCCAUCCACCUCUUUCUGUCUUCCCCAGACAGAAAAGCAACUCGAGCCAACAAUGCCCAUGGAAUCCGUCUUCUCCUCUCGCCGAGAAUCCUGGCCACCUACCCAGCUCCGCUUGACUCCCACCAUGUCUCUCAAGAAGAGGUCCGUUAUCGAGAGCUUUGAGCCUCGGCCGCUUCUCGAGGAUAUUGAUGACAACCCGCUCACCUACUUCCUCACUCCCAUCCCAGCAGAGGAUGAGGAUGACGAGAUGGACCUGGACGUCGACAUGAUGGAUUUCGACGCCGGCAUCGAGGACGCCAGCCAGCCCCGCGAGGCCGUCCGCAGCGUCAGUCCCUCCUCUCUCGAGGGUCUCCGCAAGCCCGACAGCGCUCGCCCGGCCUCGCCAGACUUUGACUCGGACGCUCUCACCACCGACGACGACGACGAUGAGGAAUACAUUCGCUUCUCCCCCACGUCGUCGUCCUUCUCGCUCACACCCUUGCGAGACCUCGCCGUCGAGGGCCUUCGCUUCCGAGCCAAGAGCCCCGUCUUCGGCCUCACUGCCAACGCCCUGCUCUCGCCCAACUCCGUGCCGGCUCCGGGCCGCAGGGGCAGAGGCCGCACAAACAGCCGCGGGUCGACUCGCCAGCAGACUCGGAGCCUGUCUGUCCGCGCGAGAGAUGACCACCUGUGGAGGGAACCCAGUCCCGACGUGUGGUCCAUCGAAGAAGAGACUGAAGAGGAGUUGAUGAGCGAUGCGGGUGUAGACACCAAGGCUGCAAAGCCGAAGAAGAAGGUACGCUUCGUGCUCCCAGAUAAGGAGUAAUAACACGAGCGUCGUGCAUAUCUUUAAUCAACCAUUUUUUUGCAUUGGGCGGCGUUAAAGGGCGGAUCUAUUCAUUUCUGGGGGGUGGUGGAGGGUUUUUGGUUUCAUCAUUUUGGUCUGGUGUGGUGUGUUAUCUGGUAUAGCAUUUCAAGGCGUUUGGGGCGGCUGGAGUGGUUUCACGCAUUUAUAAUACGUAGCAGCUUCUACGUCUGCAGUUUUUGUUUUUGUUUCUGGGCCAUCGCAAGCUGGGACUUUCGGUGUUUCGGUGGGGAGGAGGCAUAAUAAAGGACCGGACGGUGUGCAUUUGUUUGUUCUUUGCUUAUUGCAAUUAUACCAACCGGGGAGGGCAUCUGUUGGAGUUGGAGGCAACUUUUGAUUGACAACAGUACUGUUUGGUACUACUACAUAUCCUUACUAUUUAUCAUUGAAUUGACUCUUCACUUUCA